AUGAUUCCGCCGCAAGCUACAAACACCUUCUAUAGGGAGCCUGAGUUCGAGACUCUCCAGCUUCAUGCUGGUCAAGAAGUCGACUCCGCUACAAACGCACGCGCUCCUCCCAUCUAUGCCAGCACUAGCUUCGUAUUCAACAACUCCAAGCAUGGCGCAGAUCUAUUCGGCCUCAGAUCUCUAGGGAACAUAUACUCUCGUAUGGGGAACCCAACUGUGGGCGUUUUCGAACGGCGAAUGGCAGCCCUCGAAGGAGGUGUCGCCGCCGUAGCGGCGUCCAGCGGCCAUGCUGCACAAUUUAUGGCUAUCGCUGCGAUUGCACGCGCAGGCGACAAUAUAGUAUCCUCGUCCUACCUCUAUGGCGGAACAUAUAACCAGUUCAAUGUCUUUCUUAAGAAGUUCGAUAUUCGUGUCAAGUUUGUCCCAAGCCUUGAGCCCGAGUCAUUCGCUGCUGCAAUAGAUUACAGAACCAAAGCACUGUAUGUUGAAAGCAUUGGGAACCCCAAGAACACUGUUGCUCCCCUUCCUGAACUGGCUAAAGUAGCUCACGACCAUGGUAUUCCCCUGAUCGUGGACAGCACGUUUGGGAUGGGAGGCUACCUCAUCCGACCCAUCGAGCACGGUGCAGAUAUCGUUACCCAUAGCGCAACCAAGUGGAUCGGCGGGCACGGCACGGUCCUCGGGGGCGUUGUGAUCGACGGCGGAAAGUUUGACUGGGCCGCAUCCGGGAAGUUUCCGGACUUCACCGAACCUGCAGAGGGCUAUCACGGCAUGCGAUUCGUCGAUACGUUCGGCAAGGCCGUCCUUGCCGUCAAGGUCCGGCUGGACGUUCUCCGCGAUCUCGGCCCUGCUAUGGAUCCCUUCGCAGCGUUCCUUAUGCUACAAGGAUUGGAGACUCUGAGCCUGCGCGCACAGCGUCACUCGGACAACGCUCUCGCACUUGCCAAGUGGCUGGAGAAGCACCCAAAAGUCUCCUGGGUAUCCUAUCUUGGACUCGAGUCGCACGAGUCGUACCGAGAUGCGCUUCGCCUCUUCCGGCCGAAUGCAUUCGGUGGGAUGCUCACAUUCGGUGUCAAGGGGGACGCGCAAGUGGGGAGCGAGGUUGUUGAUAAGUUGAAGCUUGCGAGUAAUCUCGCUAACGUCGGCGAUGCGAAGACGCUUGUGAUUCAUCCAGCUACCACAACUCACCAACAGUUAACUGUCGAGGAACAGCUCGCGUCGGGAGUAACCCCGGACUUGAUUAGGGUUUCUGUCGGCAUCGAAAACAUAGCCGACAUUAUCGCCGACUUCGACAACGCCCUCAAGAUUGUGCCGUGA